AAAUGUUGCAGGAGAACGAGAUGCCUGGGCCAGCCGGCGUACCGCAGCGCAAAAUGACGUAUUUCGUGCCGAAGAGUGACAACUCAAACGAGCAGGUUCGAGUUCCAAACGUCAUCGCACUUGUCGGACUGCCGGCACGUGGCAAAACAUACAUCUCACACAAACUGUGUCGUUACCUCAACUGGAUUGGAAUUAAGACCAAAGCAUUCAAUGUCGGCGAGUACAGAAGAAGAGCGUGUAAUUUGGAAGAAGAAGGCGAAAAUGAGUUCUUCUCGCCAAACAACGCCAGAGGUCAAAAGAUCCGAGAUGAGUGCGCGAAAUUAGCCAUUGAAGAUAUGGGAAGGUACUUGGAUAACAAGGAAGGAGAAGUGGCGAUUCUCGACGCGACAAAUACUACAAGAGACCGACGAAAGCUUCUGAUGGAGUUUUGCAGAAAUAUGAUGCACGAGCCACCAUUCCGUGUCUUCUUUGUGGAAUCUGUUUGUGAUGAUCCUGAUAUUAUCAACUCGAAUAUCACGGAAGUGAAAAUCAAUUCGCCAGAUUAUAAAGGAAUAAUGUCUCAAGAGGAAGCAAAAGAAGACUUUUUGAAGCGUAUCGAGAACUAUCGAAUGCAAUAUGAGCCACUUGAUGAGGAUCAUGAUGAAGAGCUGAGCUAUAUCAAAGUUAUCAAUGCCGGAAAAUCCUUCUAUGUUCACAAUGUUAAUGGUCAUGUGCAGAGUCGUGUUGUGUAUUUCCUGAUGAAUAUUCAUCUUCUUCCAAGAAGUAUUUAUUUGUCAAGACAUGGAGAAAGUGAGUACAACAGAAUUGGUCGUCUUGGUGGUGAUUCCCCACUCAGUGAAAAUGGUUUAAAUUACGCUGGAAAACUUCGCGAAUACUUCGAAAAAGAAGAUUUGGACGAUUUCCGUGUUUGGUCAUCUCAAAAGAUUCGUGCCGCCCAGACAGCUUCUCAUCUGAAAGAUCUCGCUGGUCAUACAGAGUUCUGGAAAUGUCUUGAUGAAAUCGAUGCCGGAAUAUGUGAAGGAUUAACUUAUGAAGAUUUCGAGGCUCGUUAUCCGAAACAAUUCGCUGAAAGAGAUAAGGAUAAAUAUCACUACCGUUAUCCAAGUGGGGAAUCAUAUGAAGAUCUGGUUGCUCGUCUGGAGCCAGUUAUCAUGGAGCUUGAGAGACAAUCCAAUGUCCUUGUCAUUUCUCAUCAAGCAGUUCUCCGUUGCAUUCUUGCCUAUUUUACUAACAAAAAUCGAGAUGAUCUUCCAUAUCUGAAGGUUCCAUUGCAUACAGUCAUCAAGCUCACACCAAAAGCCUAUUCCUGUGAGAUUGAACUUUUCAAAUUCGACAUCGAAGCAGUCAAUACUUACAGAGAGAAGCCACAAUAGGAAGUAUUUAUUCUUUAUCUAGCCAAUUAUCUAUGCCAAAUGUACAUUUAUUUUUUCAUACAAGUUCCCAUUUUUAUGUCGGGCGUUUUUUUUGAGAUUGCAUUUUCCCUGUUUUUGAACAAUUGCCUUUGAAUUUAAAUACGUUGUCGUUUAUGUGAGAGUUAUAAAGAUUACAUCGAUUUCAA